AUGUCGCUACAGGGAUCCAUUAAAAGAAAACUGGAAGAUGACAGCUCCCCGGCCUCUGGUGGCGUGCCCGACAUCGUUUUCCCCAGCGACAAUAAAAGGCUCUGUCUUGACGACGUAACCCUCUCCAUGGGCCAAGGCGGCAAUCCCAGCGUGGCGUGUCCGGAGAUGCAGAGCUCGCCGUUCUCCGCCAGCCACGGCGCGGCCUCGCUGGGGGUAGCGGCUCACCCGGUGCUCCUGGAGAGCAAUCACCUCAACGGCAGYGGCAUCGGUUCUCCCUUCCCCGUGCCACCCAACACGGAAAUAAGCCAGAAGGGCGCGAUAGGAGGACAGAAUAACAAUAUUGUCCACUAUGAUGAGAAAGGAAACAACCUGCAGACCGUGGACCAAGAACUGCAAGAUCUGCUGGAAGAGCUGACAAAAAUGCCUGAUCCUUCUCCCAAUGACCUGGAUCUGGAGAAGAUUUUGGGCAGCAAGGCUGAAGAGCCACUGGGACUGAGUCAUUCUCAGCCGAGCAUCAGUACCACCCCAAAGUCCUCUCCGCAGACUUCCCAUUUGGAGAACCACGUUGCUAACAAAGACUUUUCCCCAGGCUGCAACCCCGCCAGCGGAGGAUCUCCUCAGAUGAGACCAUCAUCUGCAGGAGCCAGCUUCCAAGUUCCUCCCUCGACCAAACCUGCUGCGUCGCCCAUCUCUUCAGCAGCCCAGGGGAAGAGCCAGCCGSCCGCUAUGCUUCCCGUGCCCCUGCCCAACAUGCCUGGCUCCAACUGGCACGCGCAGCAGCUAAAGCAGCUCGCAGCAAGCAAGCAGGUGUCUACGACCAAGCAGCAAGUUCAGGCUCCCAGCUGGCCAACCAUGUCUCCUCCUGGGCUCUCUCCCCCUUACAGGGCAGGAUCGUCUCCACACCACCAACCUUUCAGUCCCCAGAAUGUCAUGGUGUCUGGCAUGGCCUCUAAUAAUUUGCCAGGAAACAAUAUCCAGAGUCCUCAGAACAGCCUGCUCUCGAGCAUGGCUUCCAGCAGCACCCCGUCCAGUGGACCCUCUCCUCCCUACGGGUCGGAGAAGCUCUCCAGCCCGGCUCUGAACCAGCAGCCUUUCAGCCCCCAGAGCGCCAUGCUGCCCACCCUGACGUCCGCCAGCAUCCCCCCCAACAACAUCAAAAGUCCCCAGAACAACAUGGUUGCCAGCAUGGCCUCGACAAACACUGGRCCUUCUCCGCCUUACAGGCCUGAAAAGCUGUCAAGCCCAGCUCUGCACCAGCAGCCCUUCAGUCCUCAAGGUACAUUAAUCUCUAACAUCACCCCCACCAGCAACCCCACGAGUAUGCAGAGCUCGCUUUUUAAAUCAAUGACUCCAAACCAGUCCAAAAACAUGAACAUAAUUAUGCAACAGCCAUCCAGUAGCUUACAGCCGGGUCUGGUGAACGAGAGCCCUGUUAGCCAAGAGCAGUUCUCUUUCAAUAACACCAAACCACUGUCUCACUUUGCCUCAGAGUCCUCCACUCAAAAGAUGUCGCCCAUGACAGCCGGACAAGGGCAGCAGUCUCUCAUUCACUAUCUGCAGCAACAGCAGCAUUCUCCAGCCACGCAGCAGUCCCCGCAGACCAACAACAGCCAGUUCCUCCAGCAGCAGUUUCGACAACUGAUGCAGCCGCAUCGGGUGCAGAGGCACAUGCAGCCCGCUGCUCUGUCAUCUCAAAACAGACAGGAUCAAAAUCCUGGAAUCGUUGCCAGGCUUCAGGAGCCAGGCUCCAUCCCAGGCGGCGGCUCGGUGCCGGCCCCAGCCACGGUGAACGGCUACACGAUGAGGAACCACCUCCUGAAACAGCAAAUAAUGAAGCGGCAGCUGAUGCAGGAAAAGCAGAGACAAAACAUGCUGGGAGUAACCUCUGAGCAGAGGAGUUUGUUUGUGGCUCAGCAGAUGAACCAGUUUCAAGCCGUGCAGCAGCAGCAGCCACUACCCAGCGAGUGCAGCCAGCCCAUGGCCGCCCCUCCUGCCAACCACCGCAUGCUGCCCUCCGGCCCCGCGCUGCUCCAGAGCCCGCUGGGCUCRGCCGUGACCCCCGCCGCCGCCGGCCAGAGCGGCACCACCAUGGGCAUGAUUGCACACAGCGCCGGCAAACAGCAGGGCCUCUUCCCGCCUAAUUCGGACUUCAACAUCCCGCUGCGGCCCAGCCAGAACUCGCUGGGCAUGAGCUCCGGGUGCCAAACAGGACACAGCCACUCUGCCGUGCGGCCGGGAAUGGCCAUGGCCGCCUUCAGCUCGGGUUCCUUAGCAAACCACUCCGCGACUCAGCAGCACUUGAGACAGCCGAGCACGCCAAGGAUCCCCAACGUCUACCCCAAUUCGUCGGCCCAGAUGUGGACGCCAACRGCAGUGCCAAGGAUGCCAAGUCAAAGCCAAAUGGAUGCCAACAUGCAGCAGUUCUCCAGCAGCGCUGUCUUCUCUAAACAGAACGUGAGACCAAAUGCAUCAGGUCAACAGUUUUCCCACCAGGCCGUAGCACCGCCUAAUCAGAUUGCUCCCAGCGUGCAGGUCAGGCAGAUGCAAAAACUGAGCAUGGCCCCGUCCGCCCAGGGCUUGAGCUCCAUGAGUAACCAGAACUUGAGGCACAAUCUAACCAGAGGGCCGUUGCCAGCGAUGAACGUUAUGAAGUCGCUGCCGCAAGGAGCGCCCGCUUUCAACCAGCUCAACGCGGCGCCGGGGCUCGGCCCGCCCGGCUACCCCGCGCCGGGGCAGCCGCCCGAGGCRUUCGGGCGCGUGAGCGCGGCCGCCGCCGCCGAGCUGCCGCCCUACGACUUCGGGCCCCCGCACGGCAGCGCCGUCCUGCCCAGCAGCUGCAGCGACACCGACUUCCUCGACUCCCUCAUGAAGAGCGGCAGCAGCAACGACGAGGAGUGGCUGAACAACCUGACAAUGAUAGACGACAUUUUGGGACAGCACGCUCAGAGCUCCGGCCACGUUUAGCAGAGAGGAGCAGUUGUAGAUGACACAACUUUGACUUCUAGAAACAAGAGGCGACCUGUGAAAUCAGCCACCUCUUUCAAUACGGAGUGAAUGGACUCGGCCAAUUCUUUGCCUGCAUCAAAGUUUAAUAUUGGCAGUUUUUCAGACGACUGUAUAUAUUUGAAUAUUUUGUAAAUUAUGUUUUCCUAAAACUUAAAUAUGGAAGUAUUUAUACUUCUUUGCUGGACUGUUUGUAAAUAAAUCUAUAGCAUAACUUUGGUUUUAUUAUAGGGAUUUCAUUAUACCUUGUUAUAAAUAUGCAAAUAAUAUUGUUAGUUUUGGUAAUACUGUGUAUUACAGCAUAAAAUACUUAUGUUUUUGACAUAACUUAACACAUGAGCUAGAGGUGUCCUUGCAACCAGACUAAGCAGAAAUCAGACGCGUCGUUCUCCCCUAUCAAGAGGAAAAAAUGGGGAGCUGCAUUAAAAAUACGUUCAAAAAGAAAUGGCUGAUUUUUAGCUUCAUGGCCUCAGUCUUGCACCCUGGUUCACGGGUCCCGCCAGGGCUGGGGGUCUGUGCAGAGACCAGGGGCAAGUUCUCGUCUCGACACUCGAGCRCGUGGGGCGGACGCGCGGGCUUCACUCGUCACAUUACGACACCCGUCACGUUACGGCUGUUGCCGUGCACGGGUGUGCGGGUGUGUGUUGUACCUUGCAGCCACCGGCACCGCGGGGAAGGGGUGACGGCGACGAGGAGCCGCUGCUCGGGCUCCGCCAAGGCCUCCUGCGGCUGCGUCGCCCCGCGAAGGGUCGUCCUGGUGCACACACCUCUGCCGUGUAGAUUCGUAGUGUACAGGUGAUUUGUUCCUGGUUUUAAGGCUUUUCAUAAUUUCUGUUUUAAUGUGAGACUUUUUUUUCAGGGGAAAAGUCUAUAAACAUUAAUAGUUAAUUUUUGAUGUUUUUCUGUCAGCUACUAUUGUCCUAUGUAUAUUUAAGAGUCUGUUUAUAAAAGAUUCACUGUACUGUAAACUUCUUAAAAUGUUCAUACUUUGUGUAAUCAUAUUUUAAUAGUCACGUCAUACUUCGCAAUACAUUUGUAAUAUAAUGUCGGCUUCAAGCACAGAAUGUUU